AAAAGUUAUGCAAUGUCCCGCACUAAUUCUCCACCUUCCAAAGGAGGCUGAUCCCUGAAUACGCACAUGAUUUGGCUCCAUGCCUCAGGGGAUUGAGGAGUUCAGACCUGCCAGACUGAACACAAGGUCCUGCAGGCAACCGCAGGCGUUAUCUAGAGACCAUUGCCCCCUGCAAGAUCUUCAGAGCAGGCGAUUCCCGUCACGUACAGCUGCUCGCUCCUCAAGUCCGCCUAAAGUGGGACUUCUUUCAAGUUGAGACGUUUGAGAGCUAGCCAGAGUGUUCCUGGAACCACAGAGGUAGAAAAGACCAGAAGGAUCACCAAGUCCAACCCUCAAGGCUUCUGUGGGACCGACACAUGAAAACAACAACAGAACUUGACCUUCUGGCAUUUCCAAUAAGAAGCUCAGGAAGACCGUCAAGAUAAAUCCGAAUGAGUUUUCCCCAGAAUUAAGAUCAACAGCAUGGAUGGAAAAACAGCCUCACAGCAAGGAAAAGAAAAUCCAUUUGUCCUGGAUAAAACCUUUGGAUCACAUCGUAGGAAGGUGACAUCGCUCUCUAUUUCUCAAUUAAAGAUAUUUCUUGGCGCACUGGCAUUUUCUUUUUUUGCCAAAGCUUUUUCAGGAAGCUACAUGAAGAGCAUGAUGACUCAAAUCGAGCGGAGAUUCGAGAUCUCAUCGUCUGUGGUUGGUUUGAUUGACGGAAGCUUUGAGAUAGGAAACUUAUUGGUAAUGGUUCUUGUGAGUUAUCUUGGACCACGAGUUCACCGCCCAAAGGUGAUUGCGACAGGUUCUCUAAUUAUGACCUUGGGAUCCUUUGUAUCGGUGAUACCACAUUUCAUCAUGGGACGUUAUAAUUACAAAAGUAUCAUGGUUUCCUUGGCCAAUUCGUCUACAAGUGUUUCAGCCUGUGCGUCAGUAUCGCCCCAUCACUACACACAUCCCGAAACUUCCCACAACACAACGCUGGCUGGAUGUGAAAAAAUGGCUAGUUCCUACUUGUGGGUCUUUGUGCUUGCUGGGAACCUUCUACGUGGAAUUGGGGAAGCUCCUAUCAUGCCUCUGGGAAUGUCUUACAUUGAUGAUUUUGCCACAGAAGAAAACUCUGCCUUUUACAUAGGAACUGUACGGUCUGCAGGGAUGUUUGGACCAUCUCUCGGCUUUCUGCUUGGAGCUUUUUGUGCCAAUUUGUGGGUAGACAUUGGAGCAGUAAACCCAGAUACGCUGACCAUCAAUUCCAAAGACAUGCGUUGGGUUGGUGCUUGGUGGCUUGGAAUGUUGAUCUCUGGUGCCACCAGUUUCAUGUCAUCUCUCCCUUUCUGGUUCCUGCCUUACUCUUUGCCACAAGAAGGAGAACAAGUUGUUAAGAAGUCAACGGAAGUUUAUGUAAUCACUCAAGUCAUCCCGAACAAAAUGGAAGCUCCCAGACGGCCAGGGCUAAAGGUUUCAGAAGUUGCAAAAGAUUUCUUCCCUACUUUGAAAAAGCUGUUUGGAAACCCCAUCUUCCUGAUCUAUUUGCUCCUUACAAUCCUCCAGUACAAUUCUCUGGUUGGCGUUAUAACCUUUGAAUCGAAGUUUAUGGAGCAGCAGUUCAACAUCGCAGUUUCAAGAGCCAUCUUUCUUAUUGGUGUGAUCGUCUUACCUAUCACCAUUGUGGGAAUGUUCCUGGGAGGUUAUAUCAUCAAGAGGUUCAAACUGCACAUCGCGGCCAUGGCAAAGUUUGCCUGCAUCACCUUCAUGACAGGCUUCCUGUUAAACCUCUUCUACUUUGGUGCCAGUUGCCAAGUGCUUCAAGUGGCUGGUUUGACCGUCAACUAUUCUGGCAUCAAAGAAGUCUCCUUCUCCAAAGAGAAGCCGUUAUCUGCCUGCAACUCUAACUGCGGCUGUGAAACGACCCACUGGGACCCAGUUUGUGGAGACAACGGAAUCACCUACAUGAACCCAUGUUUAGCUGGCUGCAAAACGUCCAUGGGAAGUGGAAAGGAUUUGGUAUUCCAAAACUGCAGUUGUCUAGGAGUUUCAGGAGCUGGUAAUUUCUCUGCAGUUCUGGGUCAAUGUCCAAGGGAUAAUUGUACCAAAGAAUUCCCUUACUUUUUAGUGUUGUUGUCCAUAAUUGCUUUUAUCUUCUCAUUGGGAGGAACGCCAACGUAUAUGCUUAUGUUUAGAUCGGUUUCACCAGAUUUGAAAUCUUUUGCAGUGGGCAUUGAAGCUUUAUGUGGAAGAAUCCUUGGAGGGCUUCCUGCACCGAUUUACUUUGGAGCUUUGAUUGACCAAACCUGCUUGAAAUGGGGUGUGAAAACCUGUGGUGGAUCUGGGGCUUGCAGAGUUUAUGAUACCAAAGCAUUCAGAAACGUCUACCUAGGGGUCGUUGCUGCACUAAGAUUUGGAAGCGUCUUUCUUUAUAUCAUCCUUUGCACUUUAAUCAUAAAACGCUGCAAGCAAGGCAAUCAAAUGACGAACGGCAUUAAAACUGGAGAAGUAUCUGACAUGGCGUCCAAUAUCAGUCCAAAGACAGAAGUGUCCUCUCACAAGGAGAUGCAAGUCACUGGAGACACUCCUUUUUGAAAAUUAUCUUGGAUGCUCAUGCAGGCAUGGCUGCAAAUGAUGGACUCGUCAUGAGCAAACCGUGGAACUGCUAACCGUACUAUUCCUUGAUCAAGCCAAAGCUUUUUUUUGGAUGUCUAAGACAUUCAUUGUCUAAGCUCUUGCCAGUCAUUGGCGUUAGACAUUGACGUUAGCAUCAAUUGUUGCUUCAGAAAGAAGAAUCUAGAACUCAGUCUAAGUCCAAGAACGUCUUAGAUCCUGAGGAAGAUAUCUGAGGAGUUCCCACUAAUGAUCCAACUGAGAUUGUGACAUGACUCCUGGGUGAAACAUGGUGGCCCUGAGAAUUCAUAAACAAUGGGGCUGGUUAAAAUUGUGCAGUGCCAUAUCAAGUCUGGCACAAGGACGUGGAAGUUGGAAAAGGAAGGUGUGGUUUUGAAACGCAAAAUGUCCACAGUCCUCCUCGUCUUUCUUUAGUGCUAAAUUUCCAAGAAACUCUUCCCUUCGGAAAAAUUUCCUUCCUUUCUGGUUUGGGAUCUCCACACCAAAGGUUGUCUAACCUUGCCAACUUUAAGACCUGUGGACUUCAACUCCCAGAAUUCCCCAUGCUGGCUGAGGAAUUCUGGGAGUUGAAGUCCACAGGUUUUUAAGUUGCCAGGAUUGGACACCCUUGCUCUACCCAAAGUUUACACAAGGAGGGUUUAUUGGCUAAUUUAGUUUCCUCGAGACAAUCACUGUGCAAAUUCCUGGCUAUUGCAGUGUGGAAAUGGCCAGUGUAUAUGAUUAACAAGUUGUGAAGGUGACACAAUAGCAGAUGACACUAAAAGUCAUGUCUCUUUCAAGAGAUAAUGACUGCCACAUCCCAGCACACAAUCUUGGUUAACGGACCUCUGGUUUCCCAAGUUAACUCAAUAUUCUAUGUUUGUUUGUUUGUUUGACUGAACUGUAAACUAAGUUUUCCAGACUGGCCAGAUUCAUACUACAAAAUAAGCCAUUAACUAACCGAAGACAUUUUGGACUAGAGCACUGUGAAAACACUGGUUUGAAAAGACAUAUUCUGAUGUUUUUGGUUUCAGCACUUCAUUAUUUUAGCUAUUUAAUGAGUUUACAGCUAUUUUCACCUUUUUUUUCAGUUAGUAAGUUAGAGAGACCUCAGCUGUGUUUACACAACACACUGAUCCAUAGUUUACAAAGCAGUUUAAUUUCAGUUUGUCCUGCAGAAAUGAUUGUGUAAAUUAUAAACUAACCUCCCGUUGUUAAUUUAUAAUUUGGUUUUCACAAAAUAGUAUUCACCUAGCAGCGUGUGGUUUUUACACAGUAGUUUAUGGUUCAUAGGAACCCGGCCACAGAGUGAAGAAAGAUUUGGGGAAACUGUUUAUAUUGGAAGGGGAGGAAAAAAAUUGAGAUUCCAAGAUGGUGACGACUUCAACAUCCUUUGCUAAUGGAUCUGUUGCAAAAACUAAUGAAGAAGUUCUCAGAGAGUAAUUUUAGACAGCUGAUUUUCUGGUUUGACUCUUUUUUUCCCCCUGACAUUUUCAGCAGCGAUAAUGUUGUCUCAUUAGAGUGAUGAUAAAUCAUACCUUUUUUAAAAAAGAAAAAGAAAAUUAGCUCAUGCCAUUUAAUUGUGCAUUGUGGGAAUGGCUCUGCCAUCCAUCAAGAAAUACUUUCAUUUCCUGGAUACAUUACUGCAAUGUGCUAAAAGCCCUCAAAAUAGAGUAGCUUUCAAAUAAAAGAAGGGUCAGCUUUCAAGUAUUUUUAUUUCUUCCUUGUUAAUUGGGGAGGCUGGGGGAGGAAUAGGAAGUGCCUCUUCUUCUUCUUUUUUAGGAUAAAAAUAAUGAAAGGAAUGCCCUGUAAACUGGCAAGAUCAUUGUGUAGCUUUAAAAGUAUUGGAAGAAAUGUCCAUCUGGGUUCAGUUCCAAGUGGGGAGAAAGAAACAUGGAGGGUGUUUGGAAAGAUGGUUUAAUGGUGGACAGGACCACAUGGUUUGAGGUCCUGGGCAAAUGAGCACAUGGGUGAGAGAAAAAGAGAAAGAUUUAUACCCACUCUUGCGCCCCGCUUUAGAGCUUUCUGUUCCUGUAUAAGGGCAGGUAUCCUGAUUGGUUGUCAGAUUCCCCUGGAGCCAUGCAGGGGUAACUUUGUAGGUUGUCUUGAGUCCCGGCCUUGGUUGAAUCUUGCUGGGUGAUGAUGUAAUGAAGAGGGUUGUGUUCUGAAAGUUGUGUUGGGCAAUUCCUAUUAUGACUUAAUGGCUUUGUCCUGGUUUGGAUCUUAAGUAAGGGCUAAUCCUAUCAUGUCCUGAGGGUGAAGGUCUUUUGUUUUGUAGAUAAGCUGGCCCAGUCUUUUAUCUUGUAGAUAGGUUGGCACCAAAAUAUCUGCUUGGAGUGGGGGCAGGGAGCUGAGGUUCUGAGUUUAUGGCUUUAGAAACAUGUUUCUUCUUUAGGGAAAAUAUAAUAUUUUGUCUUUUUAAUAUUUCCUAAAAUAUUUCAUUUUUUCUAUGAGAGGGCUGGGUGCUAACUUUCUACAAAAGAAAGCAGAUUUUACAAAUAACAUCAUGCUUAGAGAUGAGUUUCACCUAUUCACCCUGACACUAUUAGUUUAUUACAUUUUUUUUUUGAAAUUACUAAUUACUAAGCCAAUGACUAAGCUCUAAACUCUGACAUAAAAGCUCGUUGGGGUUAAGUAUUUAUUCAGCGGUUUAUAACAGGGAUGGAAAAUCUGUGAUCUUCCAGAAAUCCUGCUAGAGUACUACUAAUGGUGGGUUGCUACCAGUUCGCCCAGGAUCGGGCGAACCGGUAGUGGCAGCAGUGGAAGCUUUGCCCACCCGCCCAGACGUCUCUGUGCAUGUGCAGAAGUGCAAGCGUGAGCAUGCCCAUGAGCAAACUGGUUGCAGCCAAAAUUGAUACCCGCUACUCAGUACAACUCUCAUUAAAGAUAGUCCUUGACUUACAGGGGACGUGGUGGCUCAGGGGCUAGGACGUUGACCUUGUUGAUCGAAAGGUUGGCAGCUCAGCGGUUCGAAUCCCUAGUGCUGCCGUGUAAUGGGGUGAGCGCCCGUUACUUGUCCCAGCUUCUGCCAACCUAGCAGUUUCGAAAGCACGUAAAAAUGCAAGUAGAAAAAAUGGGGACCACCUUUGGUGGGAAGGUAACAGCGUUCCGUGCGCCUUUGGCGUUGAGUCAUGCCGGCCACAUGACCACGGAGACGUCUUCGGGCAGCGCUGGCUCUUCGGCUUUGAAACGGAGAUGAGCACCGCCCCCUGGAGUCGGGAACGACUAGCACGUUUGUGCGAGGGGAACCUUUACCUUUUUAUCUUGACUUACAACCAUUCGUUUAAUGACCAUUUGAAGUUAAAACCGCAUGGAAAAAAGUGACUUAUGACUGUUUUCACCCUUAUGAAAAACAGUUGCAGUAUUCUUGUGGUCCUAUGAUCAAAACUUGGGCAUUUGGCAACGGGCCUGUAUUGAUGAUGGUCGCAACGUCCCAAGAUCAUGAGAUCACCUUUUGCAACCUUUUUUUUUGAGAAGCAAAAAUCAACGGGGAAGCCAGAUUCACCUAACAACUGUGUUACUAACUUAACAACUGCAGCAAUUCACUUAAAUAUGGCAAGAAAGAGGGGAAAGGCCACUUAAAUACCGUCUUCUUUAGCAACAGAAAUCUUGGGCUCAGUUGUGGUCAUAAGUCAAGGACUACCUGUACCUUCCAGAUAGACCAAGAUCAAUGAUGUUAUACUUCCACAAGAGCCCAAGUUCCCCAGCAUUGUGCAAGCAACGUUAAAGAAAAGGAAAAAAAGGCUGAUAAAUGAGAUUUUUUUGAUCUCUAUCCCCUUCCGAAUAAAUGAUGUUUGAAAUAGGGAUGAUUAUCUAAUAAAGGCUAAAAAAAAAAUCAUGGUUACUGAUCAGACCCACAUUUUUUUAUGUGCAACACACAAACCGUGCAAGUUUUUUUCUUUUUUCAUAGCUGAAUCUCUCUGUCAAUUUGUUGGUAGCUGUCAGAAAGCUGUAAAGGUUUUUUGGCUCUGGUAAUGCAAACAUUUUGUGUAUAAUCGUUUAAAAUAAAAAUCACGGCUUAAAUCCCACAGGACUGAGGAGCAUAAAAUGCUGAUCCAUAACAUAUGGGAAAAGGCCAAUUCCAGAACAGACUUGAGGAUGAAUGCAUCACGGGCAGGUUUCAAAACCCAUCGUUACCGUUCGCGCAUGCACAGAAGUGUCCGGGCAGGUAGGCAGAGCCUCCCGCAACCGCUGCUACUAGUUCGCCCGGACUAGGACAAAUUGGUAGCAACUCACCACUGGAAUGCACCUUAAAUAUAUUUAUAACCUGGCUUUAAAAUCAGUUGUUAAUUAUGAAGAGCAGGUUAACGUGAAUAAAUAGGUACAAAACCA